AUGGCUAUCACUUCAUUUGUAAGCUUUCUUCUAUCUUUACUCGUGAUCUUAGUUCAGGCAAAGGGAAGAAAUGCUUCAACUUGUCCAAAGUCCUUUUCAUGUGGAAAUUUUACUGACCUGAAAUUUCCUUACUCUCUUCCCACACAACCCGAUUGUGGAAUAAUAUUCAUGUCUGGUUGUGAUGCUAAACCAUUUCCAAGAAUCCAACUAGUUCCUGGAGGAGAAUGGUACUAUGCUUUAGAGAUGCAUGAUUCAUCAGUUUGGCUUGGUGACCGGAAGCUUCAAACAACGUUGACACAACACAAGUGCCAGGCGUUUAACAAAACUUUCUCCCUUCCAUACUCUCCUUCUAUUUCUUUCAAUAUGAUUAAUAGUAACAACUUCUUCAAAUGCAGCAGUAGCAGUAAUAAUGUCCAUAACAUUACGCAGAAGAAGAACAAUCAUUUUGUGGGUUAUAAUAUGUACAGUGGCUGUGAAGGCUUUAGCAUAUAUUACAAGCUUUCCGAUGAAUACAUAGGAGCAGACACUAUUCCUACCAACUGUUCACUUAUCAGAUUGCCGAUUCAGUCAGGUCAUGGUGAUUUGUUCAACAGGUUAGGUCCCGAAAUUCUAGUAGAAUGGAAACUGUCUGAUGAAUGUAAUGAAUGUCAUUAUGGUGGAGGUCAAUGCCAGACUGAUAAAACCAACAAAUUUUCUUGUCAUAAAGUUGAGGGAACAAAAUUUUCUCUGAUGGGGCAUGAUUUCAUUUUUUUUACCACAGGUGCAAGUUUGUCUACUGUUGGACUGUUGGCUUUACUACUCUUUUGCUUCAGAGAAAAAAAGUUGUGGUACAAAUACCUCAUCAGGUUAUGGGAAUCUAAUGCUGAGGAUCACCAAAAAGUUGAAGAAUUCUUAAAGAAUUAUGGAUCAUAUGCUCCAAACAGAUACAAUUAUACAGACAUCAAACGGAUCACCAAUCGCUUCAGAAGCAGACUAGGCCAAGGAGGAUUUGGUAAAGUAUACAGAGGAAGUUUGCGUAACGGGAGUCAAGUGGCAGUAAAGGUCCUGAAUGAACUAAAAGGCAGUGGUGAAGAUUUCAUUAACGAAGUGGCAAGUAUUAGCAGAACAUCACAUGUUAACGUUGUGAGCCUUGUGGGAUUUUGUUUUGAGGGUCACAAAAGAGCUCUUGUGUAUGAGUUCAUGCCAAAUGGAUCUCUUGAAAAGUUUAUCUAUGAGGAAAGAUCUAAUGGAGUUCGCCAAUUAGGCUGGCCAAUAUUGUACAAAAUUGCAUUAGGCAUUGCUCGAGGAUUAGAGUACUUGCACCGUGGUUGUAACACUCGGAUUUUGCAUUUUGAUAUAAAGCCUCAUAAUAUCCUACUUGAUGAAGAUUUUUGUCCUAAGAUCUCUGACUUUGGUCUAGCCAAAAUGUGCAUGAAACAAGAGAGCAUUGUGUCAAUGUUAGGUCCACGAGGGACUAUCGGUUAUAUUGCUCCAGAAAUUGUUUGUAGAAACUUGGGAGGUGUGUCUCACAAGUCUGAUGUCUAUAGCUAUGGGAUGAUGGUCCUAGAGAUGGUUGGAGGAAGAAAGAAUGUUGAUGUUAGAGUUGAUCGCACGAGUGAAAUCUACUUUCCACAUUGGCUCUAUCGACGAAUUGAACUAGACGAAGAGCUUCAAUUAAUCGGAAUAAUGAAUGAAGAGGAGAACGAAUGUGCAAGAAAGAUGGUGAUAGCGAGUUUAUGGUGCAUACAGACUGAUCCCUCAAAUCGACCAUCGAUGAGCAAGGUUGUGGAAAUGUUAGAAGGGAAACUAGACUCUUUGCAAAUGCCUCACAAGCCUUAUCUAUUUUCUCCCUCAAGAUCAGAGGUAGAUUCAUCAAUAAUAGAACUGACAACAACAACAUAGCCAGUAUAGUCCCACAAGGGGGGUGUGAGAAGG